AUGGCCGGAGUUAGGUUAUCGCUUCUUAGGUCACUUCACAGAUCAGUAAACUCCUCGUCUUGUAAACCUCAUCAUCAAGCUCAAGUUCGCAGGUCUUAUUCGCGACUAACUGAGCCGCGACCUGCAAAUUCAUCAUCUCCGGUGUUUUCUGGUUUCCAGAAGAAGGAGCCUUACGCUUCUUUCAAUCUCCUAAAUUCCCAUGUCAGGGCAUUUAGUUGCGGAUUUCCUCUCGAUGGAGUGUCUCACAAAUCGAAACGUUCUUCUCCUUCGGUUGUCUCUUUUUCCUCGAAUCUGCGUCUGCUUAAUGCUAAGCCUUUCUAUUACUCGACCCCUCUAUUAGGUCAUUCAUCUUAUACACGAGCUUUUAGCACGAAACCUGAUGAUCUCGGAAGUAUUGUAGCCUCUGGUGCUACUGGUGAUGGGAAUGGCAUUGAUUGGGUUGAGAAGGCUAAGGAUGUGUUGCACACUAGUGUAGAUGCUGUUACUGAAACUGCAAGGAAGGCUAGAGAAGCCUCUGAUGAGUUGACUCCUCAUGUGCAGCAAUUGCUAGACUCGAAUCCGUAUCUUAAAGAUGUCAUUGUUCCCGUCAGUCUUACCAUGACUGGUACUUUGUUUGCUUGGGUAGUGAUGCCUAGUGUUUUGAGGAGGUUUCACAGAUACGCAAUGCAAAGCUCGGCUGCUUUGCUUCCCGGAGACCUCUCAAAGGAAGAUGUUCCAUAUGAAAAAAGCUUUUGGGGCGCUUUGGAGGAUCCAGCGCGUUACUUAGUGACCUUCAUGGCUUUUGCACAAAUUGCCGCGAUGGUGGCGCCAACAACGGUAGCAGCUCAGUACUUUUCCCCAGCACUGAGAGGAGCAGGCAUCCUCUCGUUUGUAUGGUUCCUACAUCGGUGGAAGGGCAAUGUGAUUUCCCGAAUGUUGUCUGCUAAGAGUGUUGCCGGGCUAGACAGGGAGAAGAUAUUGACACUGGACAAAGUAUCAUCAGUUGGUCUUUUUGCAAUAGGUUUGAUGGCUACGGCGGAAGCCUGUGGGGUAGCUGUUCAAUCUAUCUUGACAGUUGGUGGAGUGGGAGGAGUUGCCACUGCUUUCGCUGCGAAAGAUAUCCUUGGUAAUGUUCUGAGUGGUUUGUCAAUGCAGUUUUCAAAGCCAUUCUCGAUGGGAGAUACCAUCAAAGCUGGGUCUGUUGAAGGUCAAGUUGUUGAGAUGGGACUCACAACAACAUCUUUGUUGAACGCUGAGAAAUUUCCGGUUUCGGUACCCAAUUCACUGUUUUCCAGUCAGAUGAUUGUGAACAAGUCACGUGCUCAGUGGCGAGCCAUAGCAUCCAAGAUACCACUGCAAAUCGAUGAUUUGGAUAAGAUUCCUGAUAUAUCAAAUGAAAUCAAGGAAACGUUGAGAUCAAACACAAAGGUUUACUUAGGGAAAGAAGCUCCUUACUGCUACUUAUCUCGAGUGGAAAAAUCCUUCGCUGAACUCACCAUCGGGUGCAAUCUCAAAUACAUGGGAAAAGACGAGCUAUACACUACACAACAAGAGGUACUUCUUGAGUCCGUUAAGAUCAUAAAGAAGCAUGGUGCAUCGCUCGGUACCACCUGGGACAAUUCACCAUUUUGA